UGACUGCUGUAACAAAACGCCUCUUUCCUUCAGCUGCUUGUCAUUCUCUUCACACUCACAGAUUUGACACAUUAUUUCUGUCACAAUGAGGAGCUCUGUGGCGUUUCUCCUGGCUGUCAGCUUGGCCAUGUUUGGAUUAGGCGUCUCUCUGCAGUGUUACUCCUGCCCUGGUGGAUCCUCUAGCAGCUGUGAAGUCAAACAGGAGUGUAACCAAGGGGAAGACAGCUGCCUCAAACUCACCAGUGGUGAGAGCACUUACUCUGCAUGUCUGAGGUACGCUGACUGUGACUUCAUGACUCUGGCAGCCAGUUACCGGCUUCCUGACUUCACCUUCUCCUGCUGUCAGUCAAACCUCUGCAAUGGUCAGGAGAAAAGUUGGUGGCAGAAGAUAUUUGGUUAAGAAAAGAAAGAAAGAAAUAAUGAGUCUCAAAUCAUAAUUUCAGUAUGUUGAUGCUUUCAUAGAAAAUGUAUUAUUUGUUACAACUGCUGAACAGGAUUAAACAAUAAAACAUAUCUAAAAUAUC